AUGUCUCGCCGAGGCACCCACCCAGAGUCUUGUGGACCAGAGUCCAGUCACCAAUCGCGUCAACAAAUUCAAGAUGCAGAGAUAGACCCGUGGACUCACAUCCAGGGGUUCUUCAAGAUGCCAUUGCAAACAGGACUGAAUACACUGAAUAAAAAUCAUGGAUGGCUGGUGAUGGCCCUGGUACCUCUGGCUGGUCUUGCAAAGAUCCUUCAUUGGAACCCGAUCAUAGUUCUCGUGGUGAAUAUCGUUGCCGUCAUCUUUUUGUCGCAGGCAAUAUCUAUCUCAUCCGAUGAGCUCUCUGCACAUCUCGGAGAGCUGCAAGGGGCACUGCUCAGUGCUACAUUUGGAAAUACAGUAGAGCUCACGGUCUUCGGCUGUUGUCUCGUCACAGCUUCGUACAACAAGGAAGUUUUGGAGUUCAACAGCGCUCUUGCAAAGACCCUGUCUUCUUUGAUGAUGAUCACAGCCGUGGCGAUGCUUCUUCCAACGGCUCUGUACUCGACUUUCCCGGCAUCCGAGAUCGAUGACAGAGUGCUAUCUUUCUCACGAGGAACGUCAUUCGUGAUGCUUGCGCUCUACGGAGGUUACCUCUACUUCUACCUCGGGACUCACAAGCACCUCUUUCUUUCCAAUGAGAGCGAAUCUAGUGAUGCUGAUGAAAACCACGGAGAUUCAUCCCCCGCCGCCAGCCCAGCCGGCUUGGCUUCAUCAAUGAUCCGAUUGAUAACUGCCGUGGCUGCAACCGUCUUUUGCACAGAGCUCCUGCUAGAAAGUAUCGGCGACAUGACACAGACGCUCGGACUCUCUGAAGUUUUCAUCGCGAUCGUUUUAAUUCCAAUUGCUAGCAAUAGCACCGAGGGAGUUACUGUCGUUACGGCAUCCCGUACAGGAGACACAGACUCUGCAAUCCGGGUUAUCAUUGACAGUCUCCUGCAGAUUGGUCUAUUUGUCAUACCCUUCUUGGUGAUUAUCGGCUGGUGCAUUGCUGAACCGAUGACGCUUUUCUUCGACUCGUUCCAGACGGUUGCCAUGUUCCUUGCAAUUCUGGUAGUAAAUCAUCUACUUCGUGAUGGACAGUAUGCUUCCAUCCAUGGUGCGAUGCUAAUUGCACUUCUAGUUGUGGCGUUCUACGCGCGCUAG